AUGGAUCUAUUCGGCGCCCCCGAAAUAUGCGUUGAGGAACAAAAUUCGAGAGACAUAUCUAAAUAUGUGCAGACCACGCUGGCACAAAUUUUUGCCCACCGCGACGCACGAAAACAACUUGAGUCUGCAAUUUUGCACAAAGCGGCGGGUAACUUCUUGUGGACAGCACUCAUUCUCCCAAAAGUGGCCCACCGGGGACGCAGUGGGUACCGUCUCGAUACAAUUCGAGAAGAAGUGCAGAAUAGCUCUCCAGAACUCGGACAGGUUUACAAGGACGCAUUGGCGAAAAUACCAGCUUCAGAAAAGCUAAGCACGCUACGUCUGUUUCGAUGGGUCUGUCUGGCGGAAGAGCCGCUUUCCCCUGCUCAAAUGCGCGAUGCCUUAUGUUUCGAUGCCGAACCACCACAACAAGGGAAUAGCUUCGCGGCAUGGACGGCGUCUGAAAACUAUGUUGAGACAGAAGAGCAAAUGGAGAAACAGAUACGAGCACUGUCAGGCGGCCUUGUUGAGACUACCAGACAAGGCCUUGCUAUCGUUCAAUACAUUCAUCAAUCGGUCAAGGACUACUUUCUGCAACAAGGCUUGCAGCAUCUUGAACAGUCCGUUGGACUAAGAGGUCUGAGAUUGGGACUCGAGGCUACACUUGCGCGAUGCCACGAGCUCAUCUUCAAAUGUUGCAUGCAUUACGUACUCACCGACGAAAUACGUCAACUCUCCACCCAGGAAAUGAAAUCAGGACCAGAUGAAUAUCCGCUGCUUCGAUACGCUGUCACAAGAUGGCCUUCUCACCUCAAGAAGGCUGAUAUUGACGGCACACUACAACAAAGUCUCUUGGCAUAUUUCCAAUGGCCUUCGAAUCGAAUCUUGAAUCAAUGGCUCUCAUUAUGCUCCAAGAAGUUUCGUGCAUGUGGCCUUGGAGCCGGCGUAGACAUACUCCAUGUGGCGUCCUAUUAUGACCUCUGUCACCUUGUGGAUGCCGUAGCUCGUCGAAAGGAUUACAAAAUGAUUGAUCCCAAGGACUUGAAAGGUUGUACACCCCUUACCUGGGCAGCAAAGAAUGGGCAUGAAGCCGCAGCGAAAUGCCUCAUUGGUCAUGGAGCAGACGUGAACUCUCUAGAUGCUGAGCAACGGUCCCCUUUGUGGUGGGCUUCGAAUUUCAAGCACUCGAAUAUGAUACACGUCCUGAUUGGUUCCGGAGGAAAUCCUGAUCUGCAAGAUGCGACGGGUGGUACAGCACUGUACUGGGCCGCGACAAAUUACGAUCAUGCGACUGUUGAAGUAUUGCUCUCAGGAGGCGCAAACCCGAGUGUGCAAGACCACAGGGGCAGGACACCGCUCUACUCAGCUGUCCAAACUUACUUUGAUUGGAAUAUCUCGGGAAUACGAAGAAUCGUCAAAAAGCUGCUUGAAAGCGGAGCACGGCCAAACAAGAAAUUGUCGGAAGACCAACAUUUACUCGAGUGGGCAAUACACUUCGACUUGAGGGCAUUGGCGUUCUUGAAGGCUUUGCAAUAUAGAAACGUCCCAAUUGCCCUCAGAUUCGCUGAAUCCGGAAUCAAUGCUCAGAAAUUUACAGAAUUCAGCGGCAAAACCCCGAUAGACUACGUUCUUGCUGUCCAGCUGCCGGAACUGGCUGAGGCCCUCCUUCGGAGGAAGAAUUGCGACCCGAAUGGCUGCGAUCCUCGAGGAAUGACCCCCCUCAUCGCCAUUGCACGGGAAGGACGAAUUGAUAUGAUGAGAUCUUUGCUUGGCUUGGGUGCCGAGGUGGAUUUAUCGGAUUCGGACAACCGAACACCUUUGUCGUACGUAGCAGGCCGAGGACAUCUGAACGCAGCUCGAUUCCUCAUUGACACCGGCGCGAACCUGGAUUUGAAGGAUAAAUAUGGGAGGACGCCAUUGUUCUGGGCAGUUGAGGGCGGGCAUCAAGCCCUGGUGGAUCUGCUACUUGAAAAUGGUGCCGACCCUCGAUCCGAGGACUCAUCAGGCCGGACGGCAUUAUUUUGGGCGGCAAGAGGAGGUAGCAGUGACGUGAUGAGAAGUCUCCUGAAGAAGGUCGUGGACGUGGAGCACCAAGAUUCGAAAGGGCAGACUCCUCUGUGGUGGGCUGUAACCCAUCGUCAAUUGAGUACAACAGGAGAUCUGCUCGCCGGAGGCGCAAACCCCAACGCAGUGAGUUUGGAUGGCCAGAGACUGCUUCUAUGGACAGCAUCUGCUGGCUACCUUCCCGGGGCAAAACUUCUUCUCCAGUACGGCGCAGAUGUAGAUGCCCGAAAUCAUAGGCAACAGACUGCGCUCCUUCUGGCCGCAGAUAAUGGCCACGCAGCCCUGGUGAAGCUCCUGCUGGGAUACAAGGCAGAUUCAAAGCUACAAGAUUCGGAUGGCUUUACACCGUUAUCGGCUGCGGUCAGGAGAGGCUUUGGGGACGUGGUUGAAGCUCUCUGUGAAUUAAGACGGUUCAAUAAUGGAGAUCCUACUGGGCGGACACAGCUUUUGUCAGCAGUGAUGACGGGCAAUGAGAACAUCGCCAAGCUCCUCUUGAGCCAUGGUGCGGACGCCGACUGUCGAGGAUAUCGAGGUAGAACUCCGCUCUCAUUUGCCUGCGAGUACGGAUAUGAUUCUUUGGUGGAAGUCCUGCUGGGAUAUCAUGUCGAUAUCGACAGCCGAGAUGAAAACGGCCGUACCCCCCUCUGGUGGGCAGCGACGUGUGGCAGGACAAUGAUUCUGGGGAUCUUGCUUAACAAGGGCGCCAAUUCGAGCAUCGCCUGCAAUUCAGGCGACCUUCCGAUCUCGAAAGCUGUGAAUAAUGGGAACACCACAGCCGUUCGUCUUCUCUUGAAGCACAACCCAAAUCAUGUCUCAGAUCCCGAGUCCAGUCUGGCACUCUUAGGACUUGCGACAGACAGUUGUGACUCGGCAAUGGUUCUGGUAUUGAUUGAGGAGGGUGCUGACUGCAAUAUUACCCUGCCGUCGGGCUACACGCUUUCGUCAUGGGCUGCGAAGAAUGGUUUUCUUGACCUGGUAAAGGAAUUAGCCGCCAGGGGAAUCGAUCUUUGGUCUACUUCUGACCAGGAUGGUCUCACAGCCUUUGAUUGGGCUGUGAAAAAUGGAUAUGGAACUGUAGUACAGUUUUUGCUGGAGACGCCCAUGUCCACAGGCCCAUCUUGA